AUGGAUUGUACAGAAGAUCAACCACCAAAGUUUAAACACUAUUGUAGGAUAUGCAAGAAGGGUUUCAUGUGUGGGAGAGCUUUAGGUGGGCAUAUGAGGGCUCAUGGUAUUGGAGAUGAAGGUGGAAGUCUUGAUGACGAUGAUGUUGCAAGUGAUUGGGAGGAUAAAUUUGGAGGGGCUGAUAGGACAUGUAGAAGAAUGUACCAGCUAAGGACAAAUCCGAAUCGACUAAAAAGUUGUAGGAUUUGUGAGAACUGUGGUAAAGAGUUUGCCUCAUGGAAAUCUUUCCUUGAACAUGGCAAAUGUAGCUCUGACGAUGCUGAAUCAUUGGUGUCCUCUCCAGGAUCUGAUGGAGAGUACGAGGGGGAGCGAAAAGGGUGUCAAUGGUCUAAAAGGAAGAGGUCAUUGAGGACUAAAGUGGGAAGUUUUGGCUCAGCUUAUCCUUCAAGUGAGGAUGAAGAUCUCCUCCUGGCAAGAUGCCUAGUAGAUUUAGCAAAUGCUAGGUUUGAAGUUGAGCCGGAAGAAUCUUGUGCUUCCGCCAGUAAGGAGGAAGAAAGGCGGAUUAAUCCGGUGACGGCCUACUUUAACACUCCGCUAAUUGCAAGUCGAGUCCCUUUAGACAAGCCUAAAGGUGCAUCCAAAGGCUUGUUUGAAUGUAAAGCAUGCAAAAAAGUGUUCAAUUCUCAUCAAGCACUAGGAGGACAUAGGGCAAGUCACAAGAAGGUGAAGGGCUGUUUUGCAGCUAAGCAAGAUCAGCAAGAUGAUAGCAGUUUAGCUGAUGACGAUGUGACCAUCCAUGACGAAUUCUUUCCAUCCAAAUCUCCUUCGUCCUUACAAUUCGAACAAGGCCCAACAAUGGCAGGGGCUUCUAGGAGAAAAUCCAAAGUGCACGAGUGCACAAUUUGUCACAGGGUCUUUUCUACCGGACAAGCCUUGGGUGGACACAAGAGGUGCCAUUGGAUCACCUCCAACUCCCAGGAAACUUCUUCGCUAGUGAAGCUGCAAUUCAAUCAUGAUCACAUGGAUCAUCAAAUACUACGCCAGGGUCCAACAUUAAUCAACAAAUCGGAGACACUAGAUCUCAACAUCCCAGCAACUCAAGGCGAUCAUGAACUAUCGGGCAUAUUAAGGCCUCAAAAUCCAUUGAGCUUUGAGGUCUCUACUGAUAUUCGCCUUCACACAUGGACGCCCAAUUUAGGUGCAGAAACAAAAUGUGAUAGCCAGAAUUGCCAUCACCAGAACGAUGAUGAUCAAGGCAACGAGAAUGAUCGCCACAAUGAUAGUAACAAUAUCAACAAGAACAACAUCAAUUGUAGUAACGGUCCAAUUGAAAAUGCGGACGAUGAAGCUGAUAGUAAGGUGGAGCUGGCAAAGCUAAGUGACCUCAAAGAUAUAAACUUAAGUGGAAAUUCUUCACAGUGGUUACAAGUUGGAAUUGGUUCAACAGCUCGAUGGGUGGAGGAUUUUGUGGAUUCACGGCUAAAGUUCAUGACUUUGGGAAAAGAUGUAUACUGCAGCUUGUCAAUGCAUGACCUUUUUGUUUUUCUGGUAAAAUUAGGGGGGGAAAAAAAAAGAGAAGAGGCAAAAAUUUUUUGGUGGGGUGAAGUUGAUUUUGGCUUCUUUGAUAUGGAGAAGCACAGAUGUAAGCUAUGCUUUAGGAGUUUUGCUAAUGGCAGAGCUUUGGGUGGGCACAUGAGAUCUCACAUGAUGAAUCUGUGCGCAGCAACCAAGGCCAAGCAGGAAUUCAUCAAAGAGGAGCAUGAAGAAGAAGAAGUUAUGAACAUUAAUGAUGAGAGGCAAAUUAGUGAAGAGUUUGAGUCAGUGCCAUCAUCAUCUUUUUCAUCAUCAUCAUCGUCAGAGGAUGAAGAGAUUAAUCCAAAGAAAAAGGUUGACAUGGUGAUGGAUCAAGAAUUCUGUUUUGGAGGAGUUGAGGUAACCGCUGCUGCUGAUUCUGUUGUUGUUCAGGAUAGGGAGAGUGAGACCGAGUCAUCAAAGAAUCCGAUUUGUAGAAGAUCCAAAAGAGUUAGGAAAUCAAGAGUUUCGGAUGCAGUCCAAUUUUCCGGUUAUAUUAAUGAUAGCAUGGCAGAACUGAAAAAGCCCAAGUCCGGAAAACAGGGCAGGUUUUCUUGUGAAUUACCAUUUGCGGAUGCUGAACCCGUUAGUUCAAUCUCUGAUACCACCACAGAAGAAGUUGUUGCUUAUUGCUUGAUGAUGCUAUCUAGAGACAAGUGGAAGAAAGAAGACAAUGAAGAAGAAGCCAUGUACGGAGGAGAAGAAGUGGAGGAGGAGGAGGCAGAGGAAGGAAAGGCUGAUCAUGAAGAACCAGAAAAGCAGAAAAAGAAUAAAGAUGCAAAGAGCCAGUACUGUCAUGAUUUUGGUGUGGUUAAAGUAACCAAGAGCAGGACUAGGGGGAAGUACAGAUGUGAAACAUGUAACAAAGCAUUUCGCUCUUAUCAGGCCUUGGGGGGGCACAGAGCCAGUCACAAGAGAAUUAAAGCCCACAACAGCAAUUCAACAGAGGAAGAAGUAGCAGGGAAGAUACAUGAAUGCCCAGUUUGCUACAGAAUUUUCUCAUCAGGUCAGGCUCUAGGUGGGCACAAGAGAUCACAUGUCAUGGGUGCAGCUGCAGCAGCGGCAGCGGCGGCAGCAACCACACAUGUCAGUAUCAGGACUAGUCCUGCAGCUAAACCAUUUUCAAGAUUUGGAGAGGCUUUCAUAGAUCUUAAUCUUCCAGCUCCAGUUGAUGAUGAUGAGAUCAGUCAAAUCGAACUUUCUGCAGUUUCUGAUGCUGAAUUUGUCAACCCAUUCAAGCAAUGAAACUCUUCAAAUUAGGAACUUUUUGCAGGGAAAAAAAAAAAAAGAA